CCCUGCCGACACAAAUGCGGAGGAGACCUUGAAUCCUUUGAAGUAUGCAAAUCAUGCUUGCAAUAUUCGGAACAAAGAAGUGGUCAAUUGUGAUCCAUUGCUCGCUCAAAUGCGGCGAGUGAAAAGCCAAAUUGAGCAAUUACAAGCGAAACAAUCAUUUUAUCGUGGUGAUGCAACCAUCCCAUUCAACGAGCUUCGU